GAAGAGCUGCAAGAAGUUCAUGCUUUUCCGUGAGGCGAAUGAGCUGCAGCAGUGGAUCAAUGAGAAAGAAUCAGCGCUUACUAAUGAGGAGGUCGGCUCUGAUCUAGAGCAAGUGGAAGUGCUGCAGAAGAAGUUUGAUGACUUCCAGAAGGAUCUGAAAGCAAAUGAGUCUCGGCUGAGGGACAUAAACAAGGUGGCAUCUGAGCUGGAGUCUGAAGGACUGAUGGCUGAAGAGGCUCCUGUUGUGCAGGCCCAGGUAUGACUAAAAACACUUUACACACAGUGAAUUUGAUUAAACAUAUAUUGCCAUUGAAAA